UUGUUCUUUUUGUCUCUUCAGUUGGACCGGAUCUGCAUCAGUCUGGACUGGGACAUGACCAGACCCUCCUGUGUUCCUGUCGGUCCUACAUCAGUCCACCAUGAAGUCAGUAAACCAGCAGGGGGCAGCAGUGAGUUCCCUCUCCCCUCCAGCAGCACCAAGUCCUCCCAGCGGGCCUACCUGCAGAGCCUGGAGCGCAGCAGCAGGGCCUGGGUCCUGUCCUCAGGAAAGACCCAGGCUUCAGACCAGGCCUGUGGUCCUCAGGAGGAGAGCGGGCGCAACAUCUGGUACAACCCCAUCCCUGAGGAGGAGGACGGGGGCGGGGCCUGCAGAGGAGAAGACAAGGGGGAGGAGAUCUGGAGGAGGAGGGAGGAGAGGGAGGAGAGGGGGGAGGGGGCCGUGACAAAGAGGGGAGGAGAGUCCAGAUCAGAGGUGGGCGGGGACUGGGCGGGGUCAGCAGAGAAAGAUGGUGGUCACUGUCCACCAGAGGGCGCCAUUCAAACUGUGAACCACCAUAUUGAUGACAUAGAGACGGAGAGCUCAGGUAAGAGCGUGUGACUCCGCCCCCUCAGUCAUAGAGCUCAGGUGUGUCACUGAUAAUUCUCUCUCUCUCUUUAGACCCGCCUCCCUCUGACUCCCAUAAGAAAGGGGGCGUGUCCAGCAGUGUGAUUGACAGGUUGCGGUCUCCCGGCACAGUGAGGAGACUCUCUCUGAAGAUGAAGAAACUUCCGGAGCUGCGGCGUAAACUCAGUCUGCGCUCGUCCUCUCGAGCCCAUCGCCAAGGAAACGACGCCAAAGGGGAGGGGGAGGAGUCAACGUGUAAGACCGCAUCAUCGUCCGCCCUGUCCGAUCAGAACGUGAUCAGCAGAUAUCACCUGGAUAGCUCCACCCCUCCGGCCAGACCUCUGCGGCGCUCAUCCAGGAGACGGUCCAGCAACAAAGGAGGUGAUUGGUCGAAGCUGAUCAGCUGAUCUGACAGGUGAGGACACACCUGACUGUUUAUGUUUGUCUUAAAGGUUACCUGAGUGACGGUGAUUCUCCUGAGCUGCUGCCACGGCAACAAGCCCCUCCCAUCACCUCCCCCCAGGAAACAUGUGACGUCAGCUCGUUCCAGAUGUACGUGGGCUCAGAACCGCCCCGCUGCAGCCAGAGGGUCACGGGUCUGCUGACGGUCCACCUGCUGGGACUGGAGGAGAUGAAGACCUGCAGGUACGACCAGCAGGACCACCUGGACCACUGAGACCGGGUCAGAACCGGGUCUCACCUGGGAGGGUUAACGUGUUAAUUUACACCGAAUUCUUUCUCCAACGCCGUUUAUAGUCGGACUAAGGUGGUCACAUGACCUUCAGUUCUCCAGUCUUUAUCGGAAUAAGGCGAUAAUUUGGUUUAAAAUCAUCUGAAAACCAUAAAAAUCUGUUUUAUUUCCGAUCAUUUUAACCCUUUAACCUCAGUACGUGGAUUUAAUUUUACACUGAGUCUCAGAUUCGUUCUGACCCGUCCAAUCACAGUCUUACCGUCAAUUUCCAUGGUUACUAAAAGGUCGUAUCCUCCGAUCGUAGCUGAUCGUAACCAUUCAAGUUAACGUGUCAAGUUCUACUUUUUCUGGACGCCGGAGCAUGGCGGAUAAAUUCAGCACAGAUUAACCCGUGCUGGAAAGGAAGUCGGGCACAGACUUCAAAAUAAAACAUCCGGCUUCUUUUCAAAAUAAAACACUCCGUGUUUCAGGAGGAUCGUAUUUCACACCAUGCAAACGGGCGGAGACGAACAAGUGAAAGGUUUUUAGACGUCAUUUCACCCCGAUGACACCAUGGAUGAGGAGAUGCUGAUUCUAGAAGUCUAGAAGUAGAUUUCCUCCUCUGGAAGGACACAAUCUACUGCUUAUAUGUCUAUGUGUCUGUCUUUAGAGAGACAACUCGUUAUCGUGAGAUUGAACGUGAAUCUGCGGGUUCUUGAAAGUUCUCGUCAUUCCUGCUGUCUGUAAUCCACCACGAAAUUCGCCUCACAAACGGAUCCAGUAGGAAUUGGCAGACGGUGAAAAUCACCGCCAUUUUGGAUGCGGUGGAAAUUGGGGGUUAGCGUGGAUGCUGAUUGGCUGUAAACAGGAGAUCGUUUAACUUUAACGAGACUUUAUCAAUACAGAGGCUAAAAACACCCGUGUGAGGUCGAAGACUAAGACUGUCUUUGUCUCUGUCCCUGUCCCUGUCUCUGUCUCUGUCCCUGUCCCUGUCUGUCCCUGUCUGUCUCAGGUCAGAGGUCAGUAAGGACAUCUUUCUAGCCAUUCAGAUUGAUGGAGUGACGAGAGCGAGGACCGCCCUCCUGCCACUGCGAAGCCCCACCCUCUCAUUAAACCACGCCUUCAACUUGGAGCUGGAGAGAGCCCGGCAGCUUCGCAUCGUGGUGCUAACUCCAGGUACUGACAACAUGUCCACCAGGAACUAAUGCCAGCAACACCAGGAACUCAGAGGUCUCCAAACCUGAACAGGAACUAGUAUUUACCAAGAAUGUGACCUUAACAGAACCAGGAACUAAAGCUGAACGGGUUCAGUACCAGAACUAAAACACAAAGAUCUGAUGUCAACGACAGCAGGAACUAUGAGGACACCUGAACAUGAUACCAGUCCUCACACCUGAAAAAGGAUCUUGUUCUUUAAUCCUGGCAGUACUUCUGUUUGUCUUACUUUGAGUACUUUCACUGUACCAGACUGAAGGUAGUACUGAUACUCAGAAAGUACUGCAUUUAUGAGCAGGUCCUGGUUAGUUCUGGUUAGUCCUAGUUAAUCCUGGUUAGUCCUGGUUAGUCCUGGUUAGGGUUAGUUCUGGUUAGUUCUGGUUAGUCCUGGUUAGUUCUGGUUAGUCCUGGUUAGUUCUGGUUAGUCCUAGUUAGUCCUGGUUAGUUCUGGUUAGUCCUAGUUAGUCCUGGUUAGUUCUGGUUAGUCCUGGUUAGUCCUGGUUAGUCCUGGUUAGUCCUGGUUAGUUCUGGUAAGUUCUGGUUAGUCCUAGUUAGUUCUGGUUAGUCCUAGUUAGUCCUGGUUAGUCCUGGUUAGUUCUGGUUAGUCCUAGUUAGUCCUGGUUAGUCCUGUUAGUCCUAGUUAGUCCUGGUUAGUCCUGGUUAGUUCUGGUUAGUCCUGGUUAGUUCUGGUUAGUCCUGGUUUGGUAUCCGAAGUUAAAUGUUUUCUGUCCUGAUCGGAGAAAGACGAUGUAAACUGAGAUCGUAGUUUAAGGACGAGGUUUACUAAAGUCUUACCCCAGAAUUAAAGGUUCUCCUUCUGAUUCAUGACGUGUCCGGUUUGACGUGUCUCCGCAGUGUCUCCUCAGACUGUAGGGGGCGCCAAACCAGGAGCAGACCAGACCUCAGGGGGUCAGUGCAGGAACAGAGUCUGUGGUCUGGGAGGAGUCUCCAUCCCGCCCCUCUUCAAAGGUCAAAACUCCGUCUUCAUGAGUUUAUAGAAAGACAUGAUGGUGUCCCAGGAGACGCCACAUCUACCAACAUACAUCUACGUUUGAGUAUCCUAAAUGUGAUAAUGACAGUAAUCAAUAAUCAAUCAUAACCAUAAUCAAUAAUAACAUUAAUUCAAUAAUCGAUAAUAACAAUAAUCAAUAAUAACAAUAAUCAAUAAUAACAAUAAUCAAUAAUAACAAUAAUUCAAUAAUAACAUUAAUUCAAUAAUCAAUAAUAUCAAUAAUCAAUAAUAACAUUAAUCAAUAAUCAAUAAUAACAAUAAUCAAUAAUAACAUCAAUUCAAUAAUCAAUAAUAUCAAUAAUCAAUAAUAACAUUAAUCAAUAAUCAAUAAUAACAUUGAUCUGCUCUUUCAGGAAGUCGUUGUCAGCAGCUCUGCGUGAAGUUGGAGCCCAGAGGACUUCUGUACUUCAAACUGUCUCUGCAGGAGAAGUGGGACACACAGGUAGACCCCAAAACCGUCUCCACCACGUGGUCUGGUUUAGUCCAGGUUUAGUCCAGGUUUAGUCCAGGUUGGUCCAGGUUGGUCCAGACCUGACGGUCCCACCACGAACACAGACCACCUGCUGAGAUCUGGGAAAUGUCCCGGAAUACGGACUGUACAGAACCGAACCAAACUGGACCACAUGGUGGAACCACAGCUGAGUCCAUCUACGCCCACAUAUAGUCCUGACUGACCCGUUUAAACCGGGACAGCAUGAACCAGUUCUACCCUUCAAUCUGGGAGACGCCAUUUUGUAACAUUCUGUAGUUUUUCAAUCAUUUAAAAAACUACAAACAUGGCCGCCUGCCUCUGAUCGGCUGAUAAAGUCUGAUAAAGAGAUCGGAUUCAUGCUCGGAUCUUCGGGUCCUUCUCAGGGUUCAGAGUCUCAGACCGGGUUCAGGUCUUCAUGGGUUCAUCUGGUGAAGAACCCGAUCAGAACUUCAGAAGUUCAUGCCGACAGGUCUCCAGAACGUCUCUGUGUCUCUCCACAGCCCAGCAGCGACUCCUCAGGUCCUGCUAAUGUCUUUGGGGUGGAACUGCACCACCUGGUGGAGAAAGAAAGGUCUGCACGUCCCGUCCCUCUACUGAUCCAGAAGACGGUGGCCGAGAUCGAGCGAAGAGGACUGAAGGUAAACCCAGAGGGACAGGAAGUCAAACUGUCCUCAGCUUUUAUUUUGAAAGGCAUGAUCUGAUCUCAGAGACUCAGGAGGACACCAAAGACCGUUUUAUGAAGAGUCUGUCCAGGAGACUAAAAACAUCCUUUAAAUGUGUCCAUGAGGAUCAGAGACACAAACUAACCCUGAGACUGUUGAUGUCUCUGUCCUCUGUCUGUCUCUGUCUCUCUGUCUCUGUCUCUUUGUCUCUGUCUCUGUCCUCUGUCUGUCUCUGUCUCUUUGUCUCUGUCUCCGUCCUCUGUCUGUCUCUGUCCUCUGUCUGUCUCUGUCUCUUUGUCUCUGUCCUCUGUCUCUUUGUCUCUGUCUCCGUCCUCUGUCUGUCUCUGUCCUCUGUCUGUCUCUGUCUCUUUGUCUCUGUCUUCGUCCUCUGUCUGUCUCUGUCUCUGUCCCUGUCUCUUUGUCUUUGUCUUUGUCUCUGUCUCUGUCCUCUGUCUGUCCCUCAGGUGGUCGGUCUGUACAGACUGUGUGGAUCAGCGGCGGUGAAGAAGGAGCUCAGGGACUGGUUUGAGAGGGACAGUUCAGUCGUGUCCCUCAGUGAGGACCUUUACCCGGACAUCAACGUCAUCACAGGUCAGUGAGACUCACCUGGAGACACCUGGAGUCUGUAGACCUGUCCCACAACCUCAGGUCUGUUCAAGGUGACCCCUCACCUGUUCAGACUCUGCAGGUAGAAUCCAGUCUGUUCACAGUCCUCCACCUCAGACCUGUCCUCCACCUUCGACCUGUCCUCCACCUCAGACCUGUCCCCCACCUUCGACCUGUCCUCCACCUCAGACCUGUCCUCCACCUCUGACCAAUCCUCCACCUCAGACAUGUCCUCCACCUCUGACCUGUCCUCCACCUCAGACCUGUCCUCCACCUUUAACAUGUCCUCCACCUCAGACCUGUCCUCCACCUCAGACCUGUCCCCCACCUCAGACCUGUCCCCCACCUUUGACCUGUCCUCCACCUUUAAGAUGUCCUCCACCUCAGACCUGUCCCCCACCUCAGACCUGUCCCCUACCUCAGACCUGUCCUCCACCUCAGACCUGUCCUCCACCUCAGACCUGUCCUCCACCUUUGACCUGUCUUCCACCUCAGACCUGUCCUCCACCUCAGACCUGUCCUCCACCUUUAACAUGUCCUCCACCUUUGACCUGUCCUCCACCUCAGACCUGUCCCCCACCUUUGACCUGUCCUCCACCUUUAACAUGUCCUCCACCUCAGACCUGUCCUCCACCUUUGACCUGUCCUCCACCUUUAACAUGUCCUCCACCUCAGACCUGUCCCCCACCUUUGACCUGUCCUCCACCUCAGACCUGUCCUCCACCUUUGACCUGUCCUCCACCUUUAACAUGUCCUCCACCUCAGACCUGUCCCCCACCUCAGACCUGUCCUCCACCUCAGACCUGUCCUCCACCUCAGACCUGUCCUCCACCUUUAACAUGUCCUCCACUUCAGACCUGUCCUCCACCUCAGACCUGUCCUCCACCUUUAACAUGUCCUCCACCUUUGACCUGUCCUCCACCUCAGACCUGUCCCCCACCUUUGACCUGUCCUCCACCUUUAACAUGUCCUCCACCUCAGACCUGUCCUCCACCUUUGACCUGUCCUCCACCUUUAACAUGUCCUCCACAUCAGACCUGUCCUCCACCUUUGACCUGUCCUCCACCUUUAACAUGUCCUCCACCUCAGACCUGUCCUCCACCUCAGACCUGUCCUCCACCUUUAACAUGUCCUCCACCUCAGACCUGUCCUCCACCUUUGACCUGUCCCCCACCUCAGACCUGUCCUCCACCUUUGACCUGUCCUCCACCUCAGACCUGUCCCCCACCUCAGACCUGUCCUCCACCUCUGUGUGUCUCUCAGGGAUCCUGAAGGACUACCUGAGGGAGCUGCCGUCUCAGCUGAUCACGCAGACCCUGUACCAGGUGGUCAGAGACGCCAUGAUGUUAAAACCUCCACCCCCACCACCUGUGACCCCUGACCCCCAACUGGCCCUCAGAACGGUGGAGCUGCUGUCCUGUCUGCCGCCGCCAGAGAGGGUAACGCAAAAACGACUACGUCAGAAAACUACAUCAGUACUACAUGAGUCAUAUAUGACCAGUGUACUAAUACUACAUCAGAACUACAUCAGUACUACGUCAGAACUACAUCAGAACUACAUCAGUACUACGUCAGAACUACAUCAGAACUACAUCAGAACUACGUCAGUACUACAUCAGUACUACAUGAGUCAUAUAUGACCAGUGUACUAAUACUACAUCUCUACUACAUCAGAACUACAUCAGUACUACAUCAGUACUACAUCAGUACUACGUCAGAACUACAUCACAAACAUCAGUACUACAUCAGAACUACAUCAGAACUACAUCAGUACUACAUCAGUACUACGUCAGAACUACAUCACAAACAUCAGUACUACAUCAGAACUACAUCAGUACUACAUCAGAACUACAUCACAAACAUCAGUACUACAUCAGAACUACAUCAGUACUACAUCAGAACUACAUCACAAACAUCAGUACUACAUCAGUACUACAUCAGAACUACAUCACAAACAUCAGUACUACAUCAGAACUACAUCAGUACUACAUCAGAACUACAUCAGAACUACAUCACAAACAUCAGUACUACAUCAGAACUACAUGAGUACUACAUCAGAACUACAUCAGAACUACAUCACAAACAUCAGUACUACAUCAGAACUACAUCAGAACUACAUCAGUACUACAUCAGUACUACAUCAGAACUACAUCACAAACAUCAGAACUACAUCAGAACUACAUCAGUACUACAUCAGAACUACAUCAGAACUACAUCAGUACUACAUCAGUACUACAUCAGAACUACAUCACAAACAUCAGAACUACAUCAGAACUACAUCAGAACUACGUCAGUACUACAUCAGUACUACAUGAGUCAUAUAUGACCAGUGUACUAAUACUACAUCUCUACUACAUCAGAACUACAUCAGUACUACAUCAGUACUACAUCAGUACUACGUCAGAACUACAUCACAAACAUCAGUACUACAUCAGAACUACAUCAGAACUACAUCAGUACUACAUCAGUACUACGUCAGAACUACAUCACAAACAUCAGUACUACAUCAGUACUACAUCAGAACUACAUCACAAACAUCAGUACUACAUCAGAACUACAUCAGUACUACAUCAGAACUACAUCACAAACAUCAGUACUACAUCAGUACUACAUCAGAACUACAUCACAAACAUCAGUACUACAUCAGAACUACAUCAGUACUACAUCAGAACUACAUCAGAACUACAUCACAAACAUCAGUACUACAUCAGAACUACAUGAGUACUACAUCAGAACUACAUCAGAACUACAUCACAAACAUCAGUACUACAUCAGAACUACAUCAGAACUACAUCAGUACUACAUCAGUACUACAUCAGAACUACAUCACAAACAUCAGAACUACAUCAGAACUACAUCAGUACUACAUCAGAACUACAUCAGAACUACAUCAGUACUACAUCAGUACUACAUCAGAACUACAUCACAAACAUCAGAACUACAUCAGAACUACAUCAGUACUACAUCAGAACUACAUCAGAACUACGUCAGUACUACAUCAGUACUACAUGAGUCAUAUAUGACCAGUGAACUAAUACUACAUCUCUACUACAUCAGAACUACAUCAGAACUACAUCAGUACUACAUCAGUACUACAUCAGUACUACAUCAGAACUACAUCAGUACUACAUCAGAACUACAUCAGUACUACAUCAGAACUACAUCAGAACUACAUCAGUACUACAUCAGAACUACAUCAGUACUACAUCAGAACUACAUCAGAACUACAUCAGUACUACAUCACAAACAUCAGAACUACUCCUGUCUAACUGAUCACAGACUGCAGUACUACGAUGAAACAAAAACCUUGACUCGGCGUGUUCGUUCAGGCGAGUCAAGUUCAGCUCAGAUCAGCUGAUGACCUCCUGACCUCUUCAGCUGUUUAAACACUUCCUGCUUCUUCUGUAACCUUGGUAACCCUCCUCCACCUUAGCUCCUCCCUCUUUUUUUACCCUGUGUCUGAUCUCCUCAGUGUCUUUGUAUGUGACCAUGUGACUUUUGUAGGACGGGUUCAAAGGUCAAAGUUAACGCCCACGGUGUCUCUGCAGGCCACUCUGUCCCUCCUGUUGGACCACCUCAGUCUGGUGGCGUCCUUCAGUUCCUACAACAGGAUGACCCACCAGAACCUGGCGGUCUGUUUCGGCCCGGUUCUCCUCACGCCGACCCAGGAGGCCUGGAGGGCGGGGGGAGGAGGGGGAGGAGGGAGGGGAGGAAGAGGCGGGGUCAAGGGUCCAUGUGAGGAGAUCGCCAGUGCGGUGGACUUCAAACGUCACAUUGAGGCGCUGCACUACCUGCUGCAGCUUUGGCCAGGUGAGUCAGAAGGUCAGGAGGUUAAAGGUCAGCCUCCUGAGGCUCCGCCCACGUUGUCACGGUCACACCUGUACCUCGUUUCCUGUCCUCAGUGCCCACAGAUCGAGUCCCAGCAGGUGAACACUUUGACACCUCCCCGCCGGCCUCCCCCGCUCUUACCCAUCAUCCCCCACGGCGUCCUGCGCUGCGAUUGGCUCUUCCCCAGAGCCCUGAGGAGGAGGUGGUGGUGUCACGGCGGGGUAGAGGCGGUCUGUCACGGCUGGAAAGUCCACCGCCGAUAAACCGUUACGCCGGAGACUGGAGCGUCUGUGGACGAGACCUGCUGUCGAGACACGAGGCCGACUACGACGAGGUGGCAGGAAGUGACAGCGAAGGAGGUAAAGUGAAGCCCCGCCCUCAUAAAAGAUGGCAGACCCGACCCGAACGGACCAAACCAAGUCUCUGUGUUCAGGAUGACGGUCAGCUGACGGAGGCUAGAGGGUGGAGCUAACUCUGAUCUAUUUUUGUUUUCAGGCAGCGGCGAGGAGGAGGACGAGGAGAAGAAGGGGGUGUGGUCAGGAGGAGCAGCAGGCGGUCUGUACGUGGACGACUUCCUGGACUUUGACGCUCCGUUUAACUGUCGGCUCAGCCUGAAGGACUUCGACACGCUGAUCCACGACCUGGACCGCGAACUCGCCAAACACAUCAACAUCUGUCUGUAGGGGGGCGGGGUCUAAACGCGGUCUCUUCAGAUCUCAGAACUUUAGAUCUAACCCCGAUUUCCACCGCAUCCAGAACGUCUACUAAAACCCUAACUAAGGUCAGCACAGAUGAACCCGUGCUGGAGAGGAAGUCGGGCACAGACUUCAAAAUAAAACAUCCUGCUUCUUUUCAAAAUAAAACACUCCGUGUUUCAGGAGGAUCGUAUUUCACACCAUGCAAACGGGCGGAGACGAACAAGUGAAAGGUUUUUAGACGUCAUUUCACCCCGAUGACACCAUGGAUGAGGAGAUGCUGAUUCUAGAAGUCUAGAAGUAGAUUUCCUCCUCUGGAAGGACACAAUCUACUGCUUAUAUGUCUAUGUGUCUGUCUUUAGAGAGACAACUCGUUAUCGUGAGAUUGAACGUGAAUCUGCGGUUCUUGUGAGUUCUCAGAUUACCGAUGUCCGUAAUCCGCCGCAUAAUUCGCCUCACAAAGGAAUUGGCGUACGGCGAAAGUUGCUGCCAUUCCGGGUCGGCGCUGUUCUGGAUGCGGUGAAAAUCCCGGGUUAGUUGGUGGUUCUGAUGAUGUAGUCUGAUCCGGACGGUUCUGUUCGAGGACUCCGGUCUGUGCCAAAAACAAAAACACCUUUAAGUUAUUCUGACGAUCCAAAGAUGAAGUCCGACCCGGUUCUGUUCGGUUCUGUUUGAUUAAUGAGGACUUUUGUUCUGGUGCUGAGAGAACUGAGGCUCUGUUCGUGUUCUCGGUAUCAGGGUGGGUCCUGGAGGUCCUGGAGGGUCCUGGAGGUCCUGGAGGUCCUGUUUGCACUGUUGAAGCCAUAAUGUGUUAAAUUUAAAAAAACGACCUGAAGACGUCUGCUCUCAAAGAUCAGUUCAUAUUUAUUUCUUCUUUCUUUUCUGAGCUCCUGAAGGUCACCUGAAGGUCACCUGAAGGUCACCUGAAGGUCACCUGAAGGUCACAGCUGGAGCAGUUUUUCUGUUUAAAUGUGAAGGUCAUGUGAAGGACGAUCUCCGGGGAGGAGAGGGGCUGAAGACUCCUCCCUCCAUCAGGGUCAGAGAUGUUUCCAAAGAGCUGAAGAAGAGAAACGCUCAGAUCAGAGGUCAAAGGUCACAGAGUGAGGGAGGUGUCAUGUGACCUCAGCAGAGUCUGACAUCACAGUGACGUAAAACGAAUCACUGAGAGAUGCUGAGAUGGCGUCCAAGGAUCACGCCAUCCUCUGUGUCGGUGUUCGGCUUCAGUUUGGCGUCAAAUAUGGACGAACGUUCCGUCUUUGUGAGUCAAAGGUCACCGCUUUCUCUCUGUGGCGCCCCCUGCAGGUGUUGUUCAGUAGCAGCUCUCAGUCUUCAGUAUUUUGACGGUACAGAGUUUCUGUCCAGAGUUUGACGGACAGUUUGUCCUCAGAGACAGUUUGUCCUCAGAGACAGUUUGUCUGUUUUGUGUUGUUGUUGUUUUUUUUGUUGACAGUAUUAUUCUGAUUAUUUUGUUUUGCACACCUUCAGGAGCACUUGUGUGUAUUUGUGUGUAUUUGUGUUUGUGUGUUGUUGUGUAUUUGUGUAUUUGACUGGUGAUGAUGCUGUUUCCAUGGAGACCACCGUUAACCAAAGUGAUGAAGCACACUUUUAUUUUUAAUGUCUUAUUAAUCUGACCAAAUAUUAAACACUUGUUCUUUAUUAUUGUUGUUUUGAAUAAUAACUUUAUUGAUACGACAUCUUUAACAACAGAAGUUUGAUUCAUUAAUUCAUUAGUUAGUUAAUUAGUUAGUGAAGCGAUCAGCUGAUUUUCUCUGAUUCUGGUCCUCCGGGUCAGAACCAGAGGGACAGACCUGGUCCAGAGAGACUCUGGGGUCACCAGAGUUCAUGUGUCUCUGCAGCCUUAAAAGGACUGAAGGUUCGACUGAGUCUGUGGGCCCUCAGUGUUGACUGACAGGCAGUCCUGACCACAGCCUGUGUCAUACACAGUCGUAGGCCCAAUCCCAAACCGCCCCCUAAACACUCGCCCUCCCUCCGUUUGAGCGGGGGGUGAGUGGAUCGUUCAGCCCUCUAAUAGCGAGUCUGCACCGAUGGUCACUCACAGCGGGGUUUUCAGGAAGAGCGCCGACAAAUAAUCAUUUAUUAUUUAUAAAAUAAUCAAAUUAGAAAAUCUUUGACAGAAAUCAGAGGUUUUCUAACAGACCUGACCUCACACAGACAGACCUGUCCUUACAGUCUAAGAUCAGGGUUCAGACUGUCACAGGAGGUCCUGACUCUGGUUUAUCUGGUUUAUCAUGAGUAAAAGUUUAAUUUCUUUAUUUUCACAUGAAUCUCUUCAAACUUUCAUAUUUUUAUUGAUUUAUUCCAAUAAUAAUAUUCUGUCCUCAUCUUUAAACCUCUCCUGUCAGUCAGCGCUCAGGGAUCAAUCUCCUCCUCCUCCGCUG